GCAGAUGACACUGCAGCAGCAGCGAAGAAGAAGGCAGAAGAUGCCUAGCAGGCACGUCUGCUGCCAGUUGAACAACAGCGCCAGCAUGACGAGGCAGCAGCAAGGGCUGCCGAUGAAGAAAGGACAGCGUCGUGAGAAGAUAUUCACCGGAGAGCGGGCGUUACUUACCAUGGCAGCAGAAUGGCGAACCGAGGCCGAGAAUAGCCAGUUGGAGGAUAGCGCAAACAAGAUAGCGCUCCUCCUCUCGCAUCUCACGGAUCUCCUGGCAACCUGCAUUACACAGCAGGCAGAGAUCCUUGGUCUCGACAGAUCGCUGGCUCACCCCCAAGACCGUUUUCAGCGGUUGGAGCAGCGACCAGUCGCCCCCGCCGACGCAGGCUCUUCCAAUACUGCCGACCGCCUCAAUGCAUUAAAGAUGCACGUCGGCUCACUCCAGGAUGGCGCACAGUUACAUCUCACCGCGACGCAACAGUUGCAGCAGCGGGUCUGUACCACCGCCACUACCUCGAGUACGGAGCCGCGCGAGACAACUCCAAAGUUUGACGGGCAGGAGAUCUUCUGCGACUCCAUGAAGACAGAUCCGAUUCCAUGGUUUCGCAAGUUCGAGCUCACGCUGCAGCUGUCCAACGUCAAGGAACACAAGCAUCAYGCCUACUUGUACKCUCGCUCAGGGGGCGCGUGCCAGGCUUGGUUGGACAACCUCCUGUCCAAGUACGGAGUAGUAGCGGCCGACUUGCACACCAAGAUCAGUUGGGAUGAUCUGAAGGCGGCGUGGCACAAGCGGUUCCAGGAGCUGGAAUACUUGGGCCAUAUUGUCACACCGGAGGGCAUCAGUCCCCUAUCAGACAAGAUUCAGGCCGUCCAGGAGUGGCCGGAACCUCGGAACGUCACGGAUGUUCACUCGUUCCUCGGUCUUACCGGCUACUAUCAGCGCUUCAUCAAAGGCUACUCCAAGAUCGCGGCCCACUUGAACAAGCUUCAGUGCGAGGAUCGGCCGUUUGACUUUGGAGAGGAGGCGCGGGGAUCAUUCCUCGCUCUCAAGGCCGCGCUAUUGUCUGCAGAGGUCUUGCGAAUCUACGACCCGCUCGCGCCUACGUGUGUCACUACGGAUGCGUCAGGCUAUGGCAUUGGUGCAGUCCUCGGGCAACAUGAUGGUGUGGACUGGCACCCGGUCGAGUACUUCUGCAAGAAAGUGCCCCUCGUGCAUUCCAUCGACGAUGCAUGCAAGAAGGAGCUCCUCGCUUUCGUCCACGCGCUCAAGCGGUGGCGGCACUUCCUUCUUGGCCGAAGCCAAUUUCGCUGGGUAACGGACAACAAUCCGUUGGUCUUCUACAAGACCCAGGACACUGUCAACAGCAUCAUCGCUUCAUGGAUGGCUUUCAUCGACCAGUUCGACUUCUUCCCCGAUCAGAUUCCCGGGAAGUCAAACCGUUUUGCAGAUGCUCUCUCACGGCGUCCGGAUCACUGUACCGCGGUCUACUCGACCUUCGAGAUCGACGACGACCUGCGGAACAGCUUCAUCCGUGGCUACCAAGCCGAGCCCGAUUUUCGCGACAAGUACGCGAAUUGCUUCUCUCCUAAUCCGGCUCCUUCUCACUACCGGAUCCAAGAGGGGUACUUGCUUGUCCACACGCGGGGGAAGGACCUUCUUUGCGUACCAAGUGAUCCAACUUGCGUACCUGGAUUCUUGGCGAGUUUCACGAUGUUCCCGCUACCGGACAUUUUGGAGUCAAUCGCACGAUUGGCCGACUUCGCCAGCGAUUUUGGUGGUCCGGCCUUCUCGGCGACGUCACGCGCUAUUGCGAGUCAUGCGAGGGAAGCGAUUGCCAUGGACAUCACCGGCCCGUUCCCCAAGCACAAGACCGGAGUGGAUGGGAUUCUCACGGUGGUUGACCCACUCACCAAGUUCGCCAUGUUUUUGCCUUGUCGCUAUCAUGCCAAGGCACCGGAGUUGGCCGAGGUUCUGUACGCCGGUUGGAUUCGCACCAAGGGUUACCCCAAGGAGAUCAUYUGCGACCGCGACACUCGGUUCAUGUCCGAUUUUUGGUUGGCGCUCAUCAAGCGAUGGGGCUCAUCUCUCAAGCCCAGUUCAGCUCGCCACCCUCAGACCGAUGGCCAGACGGAGAGGGCGCAUCAGACCGCACAAGUUCUCCUUCGCACUCUCAUCCGCCCCGACCAGAAAGACUGGGUUGAGCGACUGCCGGAUGUUGAGUUGGCCUACAACUCUUCCAUCCACCCGGCUAUUGGGAUAUCGCCCUUCGAGUUCGAGCACGGCUUGCCGGUCACGUCACCAUUGGACACGAUUACUCCAAGCACGGCCGAGAGCGACGACCAUCUUCUUUUCUUGCGUCGGAUGCAAGAGCUUCUUGUCAAGGCACGCGACAAGAUGGCUAAGACGCAGCAGCGCAUGAGCCAGCAGGCAAAUCGCCAGCGUCUUCCUUGUCCAUUCCGCGCCGGGGACCUCGUCUGGGUUUCAGCAGCGGAAUUCAGCCUUGAACAAGACAUCUCUCGCAAGCUCCUUCGGAAAUGGAUGGGGCCUUGGCCGAUCAUUGAGCCCGCUGGGGACGCACCUGAAGGACCUUCCUUCACGAUUCAGGUGCCUAGCCACUUGCCCGUCUACCCAGUGUUUCAUUGUUCCAAAUUGGCUCUGUACACGCCAGCGGAACAUGACGAUUUUCCCGGGAGACGUACGCAAGACCCACCUUCUAUGGAUAGUUUUCAGGAGGUCGGCGACAUCAUCUCCCAGCGAUGCUACGACAACAAGCCAACUGAGGAUAAGGCUUGGGCGUGGGUUGUGGGCGCGCCAGGAAGCUAUCUGGUGACAUUAGGGGUGCACUCUCUCAUUGAUGUGGCAUUUAAGCUGAGGUGGAACUGCAUUCUGUUGUUGGUUGUGCCGAGGCAAAGACCGGUCAUCAUAAAUGCACAUCAGGUUGCCGGUGAGAAAUCUGUGGUCGGGGGCAGCAUUAUGAGGUACGCUACGCGUGAUUUGAGAGUUCAUAUCAAGAAACGGCCAGCAUUUGCAACAACGGAGAAGGUUCAGCGCUUUAUAAAGGCAACUGGUAGGGAAUCAAUGAUAGCUGGUUACUACCAUGAAGGUUAUGAGCAGUCAAUGCUGAUGCUCAUGCAUAUGCGUGGGGUGGAUGCUGGGUUGGUCAUCAAGGGCGAGGAAGGGUCGUCUAAUCUGACACUGAAGGAAGCAUCACCAGAUGCAAAACCAAAGGGGCAUCCAGUCAACUUCUGCUCCGGUUACCGGUCUGCACAGCAAGGAAGCCAGUUCAGGCUGACAUUAGAUGGGUCACAAUACGGCUUUGCUCAAUCGCCGACUCCACGGGUCGACCGCAAGGUGGAAACGAACGUCAAGCUGGGAAUGGAUGCUCUGCGGGGUCAGCAAGGUCCUGCAUAUGACCGCAUCGUUUUCAACGCGGCUAUGGCGGAUCAUCUUCUUGGCUGCGUUGGUGCAGAGGACCCUUCCGUUGCAAUUCAAAGAGCGAGGGAUGCUGUCGACAGCGGCAAAGCUCUCAAACGACUUGAAGCCUAUAUAGAAAGAAGCAGGCAGUUAUCAUAGGAAGGGGGGGAAGGGGAAGGGGGGRGGGGGGGGGGGGGGWAUCAUAGGAAAGGGGGGUAAUGCGUCAGACUCCGCUGUCCAACCAGCCUGCUGACCCUCGUCGCCUCGAUUCAAACUGUUGUGUCAGAAAUUCGGAAGUGUGUCACAGGUUAGCUCGUUUGGACCCGGCCGUCGAUUCAAAUCAGUUGCCGUCUGACGAAUUCUUCUGCCCUUUGCCAGCGCAGCAAGCCAGAGCGGGAACACCGAAAACCGUGUCAGAUAAUUCUCGUUCUUUGGUUUGAUCUCUCACGUAUCCCUUCUGAACCUGGUCCCCUUUGCCUGGACCGUUCGCAUUGGCCUUUGCUUUGAUUGGUGUCACUGUGGACUCGCACGGACCAGCCGACCAUGAUGAGAUUUAAACUACCUGUAUAUUUGAGCCGCUUUUGUACCCUGGGCCGGUUUUCAACAACAUUAAGAAAAAAAAGAAGAGCCGCUUUUGUCCGAGGCGGAGGGAUUCCCCCUGCGUAUCGCACGUAGCGAAGACGCUGAAAUUUUGGGUCCACGGGAUCUUCGCCUUUUUUUUCUGCAGCCUGGCAGGCGGUGCUGCCACGUAGUGGCCUCGAUAUUUUAGUUAUAUAUGUCGCACGUCGGCGCUGUUGCCGGUGCUGCUGGUGAUAGUCCAGAUGCGAAGAGUCUGCCUUUUUAUGCUUGUCGUGUUGCUCCUUUAGGGUCGAAGAAACAGCCAUUUCGCCAGAACAGAUGUUUUAUCGUUUUUGAGCGAAAUUGAAGCCUACUUGUUUGGCGCUAAAAGUAUCACCGUUUUAGCUCUUCAGGGUCUGUCUGGACUUUAGCUAAGGGGGUCCGGCGUGUUUAGAUGGUGACAUUCUUAGGGCCAAAUACGUAGGUUCCAGUUAUGCUAAAAAAAAAUUAAAAAUGUCCGUUUUAACGAAAUGGAUGGGGAGCGCUACCGGGAGCGCUUCGCAGCUCGACGUUAUUGUCCUGGGUGAGGGUGGGAAAUGACGAGCGGUUAGGGCGCCAUGUCGGCAGCUUCAACGCGAGGACGAGAGUGCGGGGCGAGCAGACAGCAAGUGGAUGAUGAGGUGGUAGAGGGAUCGUUGGACAUGGAGUAGCAGGCUAGUUGUGGCCGGACGUUGCUGAACGCUCCCCUGUCUGCUGUUUUGUCACGUGCUUGUUUAAGAGGAAGAACACAGGGGCAGCAUAUCUCAUAUCAGGGUCUCGUUGGAGAGGAGGAAUACCGUUCAGGGGAGUAAGGGAAGGCAGGCAGGGUGGCAGGGAAGACACUGUGUCUUCAUCGUGGGAGCGAGGAUGUUGAAGACAGGUCUUGUAUAGGCGGGCGACGUCUGCAACGAUGAUACCCCUUCAUCUCUUUGAGCUAUCUGCGAGGGGCGGCUGGCAGGCUCAGCUUUGCAGGUUGGAUUGCUGUGAUGGUAUUCCUAUCUGCGGUACUGUUAUCUUCGUCUUUCGGUCCUGGGAUGAUUGUGCGGUUUUGAAGUAGAGGUAAUAAACUGUUUUCUAUAAACCGAUUACCCCCCUCGUAAAACUAAAUUUCGUAAACAUCAUAGAGGAAGAAUGAAAGGGAUUUCUACAAGAGGGAAUUCAAUUGUUUUUGGAAAGUUUGCUUUACAAGCCUUAGAGCCGUCUUGGAAGUGUUGUUGACCACAGGAGGCCGAGUUGCUUGAGAGCCGCUGAAGGCGGAGGUGAGGUUUGGAGAGAGGGGAGGUUCGUUUAGGGACUGUCGAGGGUAAGUUUGUGUUCUUCCUCUUCAUGUUUCGUAGUGAUGAUUCUGACAUAGUAAGGUCACAGUUCUUGUAGAUCCUGAUGAGAUUCAUAACGAUUGUGAUUCCCAGAUUGCCUUGUCUUGUUGUCUUUCUAGCCUUGAAUUCUAGAUAAGUAACUAAAAUAUGACUAAUAAAUCUGAUCUUGAGGU